GUCCCGCGUCCCGCGCUGGCUCCCGCCCUCCGGCUGCCUACCUUUCUGAACCCAGGGGAGCAGCGGCUGAAGGAAGUCAUGGUGUUCGCUCCAGGUGAAAAGCCUGGGAAUGAGCUGGAGGAAGUGAGGCUGCAGACCGCCAGCAGGAAGAUCGUGCAGAAUGCCAUCCUGCGAGCUGUGCGGCAAGUCUCCCAAGAGAGCCUGCGGGGGAGGGAAGGCAGGCCUGGCGAUGGCAGGGCCCGCGGCCAGCUGGGAGCGCGCGAGCCGCCCAAGAAACACGAGAAGUAAUGGGUGCUGGGCUGGCUCUUGUCACAUGCUUGGUUUCUGCCUUUCCUGUUAGCGUAGGACGCGUCACCAAAAUGUUGCCAAUAAGCAAACCAAAAGCGUCACGGAUGCUUCCAGUAGGAUGAAUUCACGCCAGCCUUCGCGACAAGCCGCAGUUUGCGGACCUGCAUUCUUAGGGACCCUUCACAUCUUCGUGGUACCUCUGGAAGCAGCCGAGCCAGACGUGGCACUCACAUUGCGAAAGUCAUUUUGUAACAAACCUAUUUUCCAAGUUCUUAAAAAAAAAAAAGAAUUCUACAUCUUGUUUAUUUAUACAUUUUUUCCCUGUGAAUUCAACCAGCAGUAUUCAUUCCCCUUUGGAGCUAAUGAGUGCACUUUUGGGUUCUUCAUAAAUAUUUUAAAAGAUGCACUAGGGAGAU